UGGCCCUGCGGCAGCCUCAGCCUGGAAGGGAGAGCACAGGGAGGGGGCUGGCAGGGCAGGCGGGAGGGAGGCACGGAGGUGGGGCGGCGGGAGCGAGGGGGAGGGCGCCUGAGCUCUGCGGUUCCCUGCCUGGUCUCUGCCGGCUGGCGGUGGCUCCGGGUUCCCCUGCGCCGGUGCUCGCGGUCUCGGGCAUCUCCGCCCGCCCUCGCUCCCGAGCGCGGAGGCGAGCCGCAGCCCAGCGCGGCGGUGGGCGUGUGCGCGCUGAAGGACGCCUCCUCUCGCUCCCGUGUUGCAGGCGGCGGCCGGCGGCUCGAGCUCCGGCAGCGGCGGCGUCUUCCGGAGUCCCGCGGCGAAGAUGCUCAAAGUCACGGUGCCCUCCUGUCCCUCCUCGCCCUGCUCCUCGGUCACCGCCAGUACUGAGAACCUCGUCCCGGAUUACUGGAUCGACGGCUCUAACCGAGAUCCUCUGGGCGAUUUCUUCGAGGUGGAGUCAGAGCUGGGACGGGGUGCUACAUCCAUUGUGUACAGAUGCAAACAGAAGGGGACCCAGAAGCCCUAUGCUCUCAAAGUGUUAAAGAAAACAGUGGACAAGAAGAUUGUGAGAACAGAAAUAGGAGUUCUCCUGCGUCUCUCACACCCGAACAUCAUAAAACUCAAGGAAAUAUUCGAAACCCCCACAGAAAUCAGCCUGGUCCUUGAGCUGGUCACAGGAGGAGAACUGUUUGACAGGAUUGUGGAGAAGGGAUACUACAGUGAGCGCGAUGCGGCUGACGCGGUGAAGCAGAUCCUGGAGGCCGUUGCUUACCUGCAUGAAAAUGGGAUUGUCCAUCGUGACCUCAAACCAGAGAAUCUUCUUUAUGCAACUCCAGCCCCUGAUGCACCCCUCAAAAUUGCUGAUUUUGGACUUUCAAAAAUUGUGGAACAUCAAGUGCUCAUGAAGACAGUGUGUGGAACCCCGGGGUACUGCGCACCUGAGAUUCUCCGAGGCUGUGCCUACGGACCUGAGGUGGACAUGUGGUCUGUAGGAAUAAUCACCUACAUCCUACUUUGUGGAUUUGAACCAUUCUAUGACGAGCGAGGUGAUCAGUUCAUGUUCAGGAGAAUUCUGAAUUGUGAAUAUUACUUUAUCUCCCCCUGGUGGGAUGAAGUGUCUUUAAAUGCCAAGGACUUGGUCAAAAAGCUCAUUGUUUUGGAUCCCAAGAAACGGCUGACUACAUUUCAAGCCCUCCAACACCCAUGGGUCACAGGUAAAGCGGCCAACUUUGUUCACAUGGACACUGCUCAGAAGAAACUUCAAGAAUUCAAUGCUCGGCGCAAGCUUAAGGCAGCGGUGAAGGCUGUGGUGGCCUCUUCUCGGCUGGGAAGUGCCAGCAGUAGCCACACCAGCAUCCAAGAGAACCACAAGGCCAGCUCGGAUCCACCUUCAACCCAAGAUGCCAAGGACAGCACAGAUCUUCUGGGAAAGAAAAUGCAAGAGGAGGACCAAGAGGAGGACCAAGUGGAGGCCGAGGCUUCAGCCGAUGAGAUGAGGAAGCUGCAGUCCGAGGAGGUGGAGAAAGAUGCAGGUGUAAAAGAGGAGGAGACCUCCAGUAUGGUGCCUCAGGAUCCAGAGGAUGAGCUGGAAACAGAUGACCCAGAGAUGAAGAGGGAUUCAGAGGAGAAGCUGAAGAGUGUGGAGGAAGAAAUGGACCCCAUGACUGAGGAGGAAGCCCCUGACGCGGGACUUGGGGUUCCACAGCAGGAUGCGAUUCAGCCAGAGUACUAAGCUGGCUUCCUUUAGGUCAGGGCCAACCCCAGCAUUUUAUGCACUCUGUCCCUCAGCAAGGCGGGGAAGCAUGAUAUGCACUAUAGUGAUUCUGUUUUGAGGUGCAAAAAAAAAACCCAUAUAUACCAGUUGGUAACCCUAAUGUCAGUGCAUGUGUUUGCUUUAUGAAAUAAUGACAUUUUCUAUGGCAUGUAAUGGAUACCUAAUACUGAUGAGUUAAAUUUGAAAUUUCUAGCAAACAACGCAACACUUAAACAUUCUCAGCCUUUGGUGGCACAUAUUGAAGUGAAAUGGCAAACAGACUUUGAAAGCUUAGGCAUCCUACACCCACUAGAAGUCUUCAAAGAGGGCAAUUCCUUUGAACUCAGCUAAAACCAGCUGGAGGUAGAGGACACACUCCCAUGACUUUUCAAAUACUUGCAGUGGGAAGGGCCGAGUAGGCCGUUUUAAAAGUAGGCUGAAGAUGGUUAUAAAAGAUAACCUGUAGAACGUGCAAAAACAUCCAUGUACAGUGUUGAGAAGUUGAGUCAUUCUUACAAGGCUCUGAGUCCACAGUCCUCUUAAGUGUAUGCAGAGAAUGUCUUAUUUUUCUUUAGUAUACUCUAUAAGAAUACCCAAAAUGUUCAGUAUAAAAUUCUGCCAGUUUACAAUUCUUGGGAAAUUAAUUUUUAAACUGUGCCGCUACUUUUCCUCUACCUGCCUUUCAAAUAAAAUACCCCGCAGAGUAUACAGCCUAGGAAAGAGGAAAUUUAACUAAAAUGAGAUAGAAUUAGGCUUUGGAUGUACCAAGAUUAACUCCUUUUCAUUUCUCACAAAAAUUUGCAUUUGUGAGCUUAUAUGAUAUUUUGCAUAUCAGAACAUUUUUAUGGAUACACUCUGCAAGUAGCAAGUUUCAAGUUUUGGAAAAGCCCAUUGUACAAGUCGAGGCCAAAAUGUCUGAAUCUUAUAACAAUACAUUCAAUGGUUAGAUUACUUAGUACUGAGGUUGUUAGAGUAAGGAAAUGUUAGCACAGGAUAUUCCCCUCCACCUAUGUAUACAUACUGUUCAUUAAAAUUCACUAUGAGAGCUAGGAGCUUUUCCAAUGGAGGGGUUUACACAUUUUAUAAUGUUGAAAUAUGUUGAAUAUAUGCCAAGAAAUUUAGCAUAGUGUGAACUUUUUUUUUUUUUGCCUUAAAAAUAAGCAAAACCAAAAAUAAAAUAAAAACACAUCUUGAACUAGACCUCGGAGAGGGCACAGCAUUAGAUCUUAGUUAGCAUGAUUUUCUUCUUAGAAUAAUUGGGGGGGGGGGUAUACGAAAUCCAAUACCUCAAAUUUUGUGUUUGAGUGAAAAUGAGCACUUUAUCAAAAUAGCUGUUUAAUAUUUUGUGUGGAUUUUCUUGACUUAAAAAAAAGUAUUACUUUUAAAGUCCAAAAUGGGGGCAGGAAAAAUGAAUAGCACAGAAUUUUUUUUUCAUUAAACUAAUAAUUUGUUCUGACGCGUUCAGUCACACUGGGAACUGACGUUCUAUCAGAGGUUUCUCCAGGCUGUUAGAGUGUCAGCACUUCAGCAGGUCAAGCACAAACCUCUGACAGCUUUUGGGGAAGGAGACAGUGUGGUGCUUUGAGCAUUUUGUGAAUGGGUCCUUGACAGGCAGCUGACUAGGAGGGCAUCAUCUGACGAGGGUGAUUCUUUUCCUGUUGACUUCCAUUCACAGUGUUUAUGCUCCUCCUCCUGUUUGAAUUCUUCCCUCUUGGAAGACCUCAUUCUGAGGGUCAUAAAGGGCUCCCUAGUUUUAACUUUUAAGAGUGCUUUGUUACGAUUUCCAUUUAGGAAGAGCAAUUCCCUGGUGUAAUUUUCCUCAUCAAACUUACCAUAUGUAUGGUGAGUUUCCCAUAUUUGGAAAGAGUAGAGAAGACUAGGGGGUCUUGUUAGAAGAUGGCAUCUAAAUAUCAGAACAUAUCAUUGCUCAAACCCAGCCCAGGCCUUUCUUCAUCCCAGCAUAUGCUGAAUGCCUCGAAUGACCCUGUAGGCUAUAGGAAGAGCAUUAUAAAUGCCAAGGCCUCUCGGAUCUCAGAAUCAGUUGCUUAAAUGAUUGUAUCUCAUCCCUUCUUGGUGGAACUCAAGAGUUCUAGCACAAUUCCCUCCCUCUCUUUCAUAACCUACACAUUUCACUAGCUAAACAUCAUGAGUAGGUUUCAUUUGUAACUGGUACACUAAAGAUUAAGUCCUACUAAUACUUACAACCUUUCGCUCAAAUCAUUCAGAGAUUCCAUCUAAGAAUAAUUAUUUUACCCACUUAAAAGAACAAUCAACAUUUAUAUUGCUUGUUAAAAUUAUAUUAUCUAUUUCAAAGAUUAUGUAAACUGAAGGAAGACAGUCUUAAUUUGAAAGAAUACGUUCUAAUAUUACUCUUAAUUGUUAAUUGUCUUUGUUAGGGUUUUACUCCUCUGAAGAGACACCAUGACCAAAGCAACUCUUGUCAUGGAAAACACUUAAUUGGGGGCUGGCUUACAGUUUUAGAGGUUCAAUCCAUUAUCAUCAUGGCAGGAAGCAGGGCAGCAUCCAGGCCAAUAUAGUGCUGGAGAAGAGACAGAGUUCUACAUCUUAAUUCAAAGGUAGCAGCAGGAGACUCUGGAUCACACUGACCAGAUUUAAGCAUAUAUAUAAGCGGGACAUCAAAGCCCUGCCUCCACACUGACUACCUUCCCCUAACAAGGCCACACCUCCUCCAGUAAGGCCACACCCCCUAAAUAAUGCCACUUCCCAUGGGACAAGCACAUUCAAACCACCACAGUAAUACAGUCACAAAGCAAAACAAAAUUUUAAAUUUCAGCAAAUAGCAAAUAUGCAUUCCAAGGUGGUGGGAGGCAGAGGCAGACGGAUCUCUGAGUCCCAAGGACAGCCUGCCUGGUCUACAGAGUAAGUUCCAAGACAUCCAGGGCUGCAAAGAGAAACCCUGUAUCAACAAAAAGCCAAAGCCAAAGAGCAACAGAAAAGUUACAUUCAUUAUUGGUUUUUAUUUCAAGAUCAGACAUAUAGCUUAACGGGGUUCUUUCACCACAGAGGACAGUCUGCAAAUUUUUUUCUCCUAUUUAGAAAGUCCACCUGUGCUUACAGUGGUUUCUCAAACUGUUAGCCCUCUUGCCACAACAGCACAUAAAUGAGAGAUUAGAAUAGAAUGGUUACAAAGUUAUCUUCUGAAAUAAGUGUUUAUAUUAAAAAGUAUAAUAAGGUACACAUGUAAAAACAAUUCUCAGACAAGGUUUUAUUAUGAAUUGCAGGCUGGCCUUGAAUUCACUUUGUAAUCUAGGCUGACCUCAGACUCACACAGUGAUCUUCCUGCCUCAUCUUUCCCUGGAUCUGGGGUUAUAAGCAUAUGCCACCACUCCCAUAACCAUGCAUGUAUCUUUAGAUUUUCUAUUAGCUACAUUCUAAAAAGAAAAUAUGGAAUUAAUACUAUAUUUUAAUCCAGUAUACACAUAUUAUUACAUCAAAAUUAAAAUUAAUAAGAUAAUUUGAAUCUAUUUUAUACUGUUUCUAAAUUAACAGUUUAAGCAUGUUUACAUCGGGCGGUCAUGAGCCACAUUAAGCCAGUGGUUCCUAUGGUAGACAUGCUAGUCUAGCCUAGAGCACUUUUCUUCGGAGCAGAGUAAGACUUGAGUUUCUAUGGUCAGAUCUGAGCUGACUUAGUUUUCCACAUUGGUGAGUUGGUGAGCAGCUAAGAUGCAAAUGUUAUAGGUGUAGAUGCAUAAAUCCUGGCUACCCCUGGACAUGCAUUUUCUUAAAUAAAAAAAAGUGAUCUGUGUUAUCACAUCAAAGUAACACUUCCUUACACAUUGUCAAAGUGUAUGUACUGGUCAGAGUCCAGCUUAUCCCCAUUUGGCUCUGGAAACCUGACUGUACCCCAGUUUCCUGAGUACUGCCAAAGAGCCAACAGAAUUCCCACUUAGCAGAAAUUAUUGUGGGCCCACCGCGUGUCACCACUGAGCAGCCUAUAUACAGAGUCCAUUCUCUAGACACUGAACUCAGCUGGACAUCAUCCUCAUGUAUGCAGGCAAUCUUUCCAGAAGCCUCCUGGAAAAUACAGUUGCAUGGUGGAUAUGUUAGUUGAAGGUGGUGAUAUGGCAGAUACCCACAAAAUGGAAAUGCCAUCAUGUCUGGCAUUUGUGAAGCCUCAUAGAAGGAACUGGUCAACACUGACACUGACAGAUUUUUUAAAAAAGACUUUUGGAAAUUUUUACAUACUGAUUUUAGAAUAAUAUCCUAAUCGUUUUAUUGGCAAAUUUAUAGAGAAAGAGCAGCUUGCCUUUUAAAGGGACCUUGAUUGCAUGCCAUUUGAUAUUUUGUAAUGUAGAAUGUUCAGCAUUUUUUUAAUUGGCUAUUUCCAGUAUAACACAAGGUUGCUAAUUGUGAGCUGCCUGCAGGUUGAAGCUUGAAAGAGCCAUUGUAUUUCAUGGUUCAGUUUUUAUUACACAGAAACAGCUGGUUGCAUUUCAAAUUGGAAAAAGAAAAACAAUGCCAGAAAAGACAACACACUUCUACUUUGGAAUUGUUCUUAUGAAGCCAAAUUAAAAAUAAUUUUAAAAGAGGUCAUCAGCGUGAAUUAGCACAGAACAGUCAAUUUCGGGAUUAUGAUGCCACUGUGUGAUUGCGAAGCACUCGUCUGGCUGUCGAGGUUUAUUUGAGAGAGCACAAAGUUUCCAGACAUUACUUAUGCAAUGAGAUUUGUAAUAGCUUUGUAAUUACUGUCCAUUAGGUCACACCCCAAUUUCCUUAAUGUUUUCCACUGAUACAUUACCAAUCAGCAUCAUGGCUGACAUCUGAACAAAUUCCAGUUGAACACUGCGGAAGGUUAGAUCAGUGUCUGCAGUGUUUGUUUUAAUAUGCAAAUAGAGUCCUAUGUUGGUGUUUAUAGCCACACGGAUGAAAACGUACAAAAUUUUCUACCUAAAAAUUUUAAGACACUUAACUUUCUUAUAAAAAGGUGGCUCUCUAGUUUCUUGAAAGUGAAGGUAGGAUAGAAGAGGGAGAAGAGAGGAGGGAGGAGGGUAAAAGAGAGAGAGGGAAGGGGUAGGGAUACAUAGAUUAGUAACACACUCAGUGCUGCACUGAUCAGGAGGUUCACAUUUCUUGUUUGCAUUCAAAGAUAAGCUUCUGUCAUUUCUCUUUGGGAAUAUCACCUGAGGUCAAAUAACAUAGACUCAGUCCAAUCGUUUUUCACUUACCUUGGAAGGCAGUAGCAAACAAUUUAUGAUUGGCUAAAAUCAAUUUUCAUAAAUGAUCUGCGACAGAUUCAGAAAGGCUUGACACUAUCUGUUCCCAGGCAUCUGGUCCAGAAGUCCAGGUCAAAACCUUGUCAUAAAACCAGACUGCCUGGCAUUAUUGCAGGAAUCAGCUUUAAAGAUCCCCAGCAUCUGACCUAGUUAGACUCAAGUACAGACCCUCCAUGCUCUGAAGGACUGUCUCUUUAAAUCCUUCACUGUUCUUGACCAAAUGACAAGAAAAGGGAAUUCUGUCAAUCACGUUUCUUUGUGUGUCCCAGUCGGGGUAUUGUUUUAUCCAUCCAGACAUCAGCCUCACUUUGGAAAUGUGAAGUCCUUUAAUUUCUGGUAGGAGCAUUCUACACUAACUAGAGGAACAGGUUUUAGGCCUCAGGUUGACACACUGAUGAGGAAUUCUAAGACUGCAAAAUCACACUGCUCAUAAUUAUCUUCCUUGUUUUGUGAAGAUUGACUUGAAAGACCCAUAGAUAUAGAUACUUACGUCCAAUUUAAUAAUUACUUUGAUUCAUUGUAUUGAAAAUGACGAAUAUUUAAUCUUCAGUCAAAUUAAAUAAUCUUAUUUUCCACCUAAAAGGUUACUUCAAGAUAAUACUCGCUGGGCAGUGGUGGCGCACGCCUUUACUUCCAGCACUUGGGAGGCAGAGGCAGGUGGAUUUCUGAGUUUGAGGCCAGCCUGGUCUAUAGAGUGAGUUCCAGGACAGCCAGGGUUCCAGGGUUCCACAGAGAAACCCUGUCUCAGAAAAAAAAAAAAAAAAAAAAAAAAAAAGAUAAUACUCAAAGAGGCUUCACCUCUUUGAAACUGCUUAUUGAAGCUAUCUCCAAAUCCUGAUAGUUAUGGAUGAUAAAAAUCUUCUAGAUGUGCGCUUCCUUUGUCCUGUCUUUGAAACAUGGAUAACAAUAUAUUUUGUAUAUGACACAAAUAUGACCAUAAUUUGAAAAUUAUCAUUGCAUAAUGCCUACUUUUAACCUGACCUGUUUGGUAUGUCUGCUUAACUAACUGUAUAUUAUGUAACUAAUAGGCAAUUGUUCUGAUUACUAAAUAGCAUAUUCAUGAUUGAUAUCUCUCCUGGCCAUGGCAUUCUUGGUCUCAGUAAUAUUUUAUGACCAUCUAUAAACCCAAAGAGAUUUUCUAAAUUUUAAGUUCUUUGGUUGAAAUGGCACAGAACUUUUGUCAUUCUAUGUCCAACACAUAUUGCUUUUCCCCUUAAAGUCUAUAAACAUCUCAUGAGUUUGGUGGCUGGGAACAGUGACUUGAGUACAGAUAAAUCUAAUGAAUGAAAGUUACAAACAAAUGGGCUAUUAGGGUGAUGUUUUAAGUUAAUAAUCAUACCAUUUGUAUUCCAAUAAUUUUUAUAUCUUGUCAUUGAGAUAGAUAUAUUCUCUAGUUUCUUUGAUGUGAUAAACACCAGGACCAAAAACAAGGUAGAAGAGGAAAAGUUCUAUUUUAUCUUAGAUGCUCCAGUCUACCAUGAGGGAAAGCUACAUCAGGACCUUAUGGUAGGCACCUGGAGGCAGAAUGUAGCACAGAAAGCAUGAGGAACACUGUUUCCUGGCUUGCUCAGCUCUUACACAGCCCAGGGCCCCUGCCUAUGGAUGGUACUGCCCACAGUGGGCCAGGCCCUCACAUCAGUUAGUUAUCAAGGAAAUGCCAAACAGCAAAGCUCAAACGUCAGUCUGAUCAAGGCAGUCUCUAAUCCAGACUCCCUCAUACCAUUUGGGGACAUGUCCAGCUGACAGCUGAAGCUAACUAGAGCAUAUAAAAGUACAUACAUGUAAAAACUUUUCCCAUAGGGUUCUCCAAAGAACUAAAUUUAAAUCCCCACAAAACAGUUUUCAGAACUUAGGCAAACUAUAGUUUAAAGAGCAAAUUUUAAUUAAGGACUUAGAUUGUAAUUAAUUCAAACAAAUUUUAUUAUAAUGGUCAGAUUCAUUUUAUGGGUUUUUUUUUUUGUCUAUUUGCAAAUUACUAGAAUAGCAUGAUUCCGUCUUUUUCUGAUUUUUCAGCAGAAGACCAUACAAUCUACAUUACCUAAAAUGUCUAUCUGGCCCUUUAUAGGAAAAACAAAACUCAGUUUUUCUCUACCCGUCAUGCUCUGCGAUGACCUUAGGAAUCCCUUUUCCACACUGUAGCUUCUUUUUGCCUUAGUUAGAUUCUCUCAUUUGCUUCUUAGAAGUUAGGUGAUCUUUGUUUCAUGUUGCAAAUGGUCUCACAACUGCGUAGGAGGCAAAAAUUAAAAUUUCCAUGUAGAACAGAAAAUGUAAAGUCACAUUAGUUAUUUCUUAAGAAGGAAAUUGUGUGACUUGAGUUAAAAGUGCGUGUUCAGAUUCUUCAUUGUUGAACAGGUUUUAGAAACUUUAAAGACACGUGGAUUAAACAGAAAACCAUAACCAACACUGCCUCGUGUCAUCGUCAUGCCCUAUUGCUUAACAAGCUUCAGAUGAGCACUCAUUGGCUCCAAACCUCAAAUGCAAUGAAAUGAUUUCUAGCAAUUCGAUUUUCACAAACAUUUAGGAAGUGGUGUGUUGUUCUAUGAAAAUGACUUGCUUGCCAGCAGUUCAGGGAAUACAGCCACCUUCAUUUUUAAAGUUAUUUUCCUUUACCCACAUGUGUUUCUCUGAGUGUUGUACUUCUCAUGUGAAAGGAGCCGUUAGUACAUAGUUUUCUAGCAAAUUUAGAAACCCUCUAGUCUAUUUCUCCCCUGACAAAUUACCAUUCCAAAAUAUCUGCCUUAAGGGAACCAAGUAGCCCAGUUAUCAAGGGAACUUUAGACAUUUGUGACUUUCCUUUCAGUUUGACUGUCAACUUUGUAACCACAAAGGUCACAAAAGAUAUACUGAGUAGGAGACCUUUAUUCGACCUACCACUGGGAAUAGUUACAAUAACCGGCAUAUUCUUUUCUUUAAACAGUUGCAGCAAUCAGUAAGAUGUUAUAGCCACUGGGAUGUUACAGAAUAUGGGAACAGCAGGGCAGUGGUGGCACAUGCCUUUAAUCCCAGCACUUGGGAGGCAGAGGCAGGCAGAUUUCUGAGUUCAAGGCCAGCCUGGUCUACAGAGUGAGUUCCAGGACAGCCAGGGCUACACAGAGAAACCCUGUCUCACCGCCCCCCAACCACCCCCCCCAAAAAAAACAAACAACAACAAAAACCAAAAAACAGAAUAUGGGAACAAAUGACAGAGUCAUUCUCUGAGCCCCGGUGGUUAACAAGGGUAGGAGGCAGACUGCUGGAACAAGAGAGGGAAAGGUCACUUAAUAUUAGGAUUCCACAUUCUUAUCUGCCAGUCUUCUAGGGUGGCUCAGAGUUUGAGGGCAGUUAUUGAUAUACUUCAAACCUUAAAAUGAGUUGGUGAAAAUUAAUAUCUAAUUUUCCUUUCAGAAAUUAUAUAGUAUAGCUUAGAGGAUAUCUGGCCUACAUGGAAAGCCACGGUUAAGGGCAUGACUCACUACCAGCAAAACCCUUCCCAGAAAUAGACCAUUCCAGGAACUCUACUUCCCAUAGUAAAUGUUCACUGAUGAGCCCUUACUUGCAAUACAGGAGUCAGAAAUGAAUUAAGCACAGUGCUGCCCUUCAGGGGGAGCCUUUUUAGUUGGGAAGAAAAGGCAGGUAACCACACAUAGCCUGUGCUGAGUACCUACAGAUGGUAAGCUCUCCGGGGUGGGAAAAGGGAAAAUGGUCUCACACCAAAAAUGUGCAAGGCAAGCUUCAUGGGAACACAGCUAAUAUUGAAGGAUGUACCAGUCCCUAAGGUGGAGAAAAGGGACAUGUUUGAUUAAGGAAUGGCCAGACCAGGGUGGAGAUGCACACUUCAAGGAGGAGAUUAACGUGGGAUGAGGAAGGCUGAGAUACCCAGUGAAGUGCUAUCCAGUGUGGAGCAGUCUCAGAUCUCAUCUGAGUUCCUUGCUUUCUUACUCUGGACAGAUGCCGGUGAAGCUCUUCUGCAGAGCACCUACCCCUACGACUUGGCUAGCCUCCUGGUACAUAGCUAACAGGAUAAAAAUCACCCAAGAUAUCGAAGACAUGUUUGCAACUCCACAGCUAAUCUUCAAACCUCAAGCUGGUCCUGCCAGGUUUUUAAUUCUUCAGUCUUCUCUCCAGUGUAUAUAAUCUAUACAUUUAUAACUAUAAAUUAUAUAAAAUCUAAGGAAUUUAUUAUAUCUCUUAUUGGAGGCACUAUUUUUCCAUUCAUCUUCAAGACACCUUUUUAAAAUUACCCAUUAGAAUUAGAUUACCCUGUGACUACUCUGGCUUGUACAUCUUCACUUAUUUCUCGUGAUAUUUGUGGAUAGUAGAUGGCUACAUUCCUCCAGGAUAAAUAAAAUGAGGAGAGGUAGAGACAAAGACUGUAUCUCAGUUGAAGGGGAAAGAUGCUAAGAAAUAAAGAUGCUGUGGGGACACAGACCAGGUUAGUGGACACUAAGAAAGGAACACUUGCUAGGAGGGGGUUUCUGGCUAAGAUGGCAUUAUCUGAGACACUCUUGUUGAUAGUUUGUCAGAUAUGAAAAAUACACUGAUGGCUGUUGAAAGCCUUUUGGAUUAAUGGGACAUAAGUAGCUUCAACAACAACAUGGAAGAAUACAGAAUACCACCAUAUGAAAGAAACACAGAUUUCCAAUAGUCUGGAUCACAACUCAUUGACCCAAAGCAAGAGCUCAUAUGACUUGGAGGAGAAAGUCUAAGUACCUUAGUUUACACAGCUAAGACUAUGGUUGGCUUUUUCACUUUCUAACACAAAGUCCUAAGAGGGAGCUGUAAACAUUUCAUUUUCUAAAUGUGUCAAAAUGGUGCUAUUGAUUCCUUAAUACAAAGAUAGAAUUAUAAUAUUUUUAGGUGUGUUAAGCCCAGCUUGGCUAUAAAUGUAAAUACAUAAAAUGUUUGCAAAGCCUUCAACAAAAACAUGUCCAUUUGCUAACAGUUGAGGUACUGUGUUCUUCAGUGUGGGUGACUGACCUGAGUUUGCAUUUUCUGUUAAAGGAACAGGACAGCCACUGGCUCUCUCUCAACUGCCAAAAAUCUCCGACAUUUGCAGCUCACUAAGUUCUCCUUGGAUGCAGGUUGGACAAUCCAAGUCAAGGAUUAAGUAUGCUCAUUUGGUGAUAGUGGGGGUGUUGGCCAAGAACUUGGGGGAUGUGUGCUGUGAGCAAAACCAGUGCUGCCAGACUAAACUUUAGUGAGGUCCAGUGUAACUGAGUUCACCCAGACUGUCAGAACAUGCCAAAGGAAGCUACCCAGUACCUUGCAACUGGUCAACCUGUGAAAGAAUCUGCAUGUACAAUGUGACAAUAAAUCAUCUAAGAGCCCACCA